CAGGCCGUCCAAGAACAAAUCCAGUGAGGAUCAGAUGACGUUGAUAAACGCCAUCCAUACAAAGAUCAAUCGCAGGAAACUUUCCAAAUUAGUCCCGCCAUCUGUUUGAGGAAUGGUUAGUAAGACAGCAGAGGAAAUGGAAAUAAGUUCAUUCCGUGCAAAGGUGUAUCAUCGGGGUCAAACAGAUAGCCCUGUUGGGAAUUCUGAAGCAUACUGUACAAAAUGUAAAUCCAGGGGUCAUCUCAAACCUAACUGCAUAGUGGGAUGGCGAAUUUAAUAGGGCACCAACGUAAGGACUGCCCUGAUAGUUUGAAGGAGGACAAUUCCAUUGAGGCAGCUUGGCUUAAAGAGGCAAUGGAUACUUCCAGCAUACCACAGCCCUCCAAGCCUCCGCCUUCAAAUAUUGAUCCCUCACCAUCUAACACAGAGGAGACCCAGGCAAAGCCCUUAUCUACAAAACAGCCAGCAAAAUCACAACUACCUGCACAACAACUGGAAACCAAGAAACAAAACAACACAAAGUCAAAGAAAGACGACAAAACAAAAGAAACAACACAAUCAACACCCCAGAGUACAAGUUCUCGCACAUCUGUGGUGCAGAGAUCACCCCCUACACCAGCAGAGGAACUUAACCUUAAAUCAAAAGUGCAUCAUGGAGAUGAUCAACCACCUUAAAUUUUUGAUCAUCAUGAUUUUUAUCAACAUGUGUGGAUAAUGUUUUUUAAAUAAAAUUAACAACAAAAAACAAAUAAAAAAUGACUACUAACAAACCUGAGCUUAAUAUUCUCUCUUUAAAUGCCAAUGGCUUGAGAGACGCUACAAAGCGAAAAACUUUAUUUCACUGGGCCAAUCAACAGCAUUGCUCAAUCUUAUUUCUUC